AUGUAUGAGUGGGCAGGUGGAACUAAAGAGUUUGUCUUGCAGCGCCAUGGUAACGCCAUGAAACGUACGGCAUCAGCUUAUUUCUGGAAAGACCCCGUAGUUUCUGAGACGAUUGAUGAGUAUCUAGACCAAGGACUGUCUGUUGAUAACACAUACGCUACAAUGUCAAAACAAGUUUGUCAAACUGUGAGUGAAACUAUCUCAGGACCAAAAAUGAUAGAAAACCGAAAGUUCCACAAGAAAACAUCUGAAGAAACACGGGAUACUGCUGAGAAGCACAGCGAAGCGGAAUCGUUGAUAUCGAGCCUUAAGAGUGUAUCAAGCAUAAAUACUGUCCUUUACGAAAACACAAUACUCAUGUGUAAAUAUUCGAAAACAUGUGCUAGACGAUGUACACAGAUUCUGUGUACUUGGGAACAGUAUAUUGCAAGUGGACACAAGUUUCGAACUAGUUGAUGGUUUGUGGCUUACAGACACCACUUUCAGUCACUAG